AUGUCUUCCAAAGUUACGACGGAGAAGGAGCAAUCUCCGGUUCUUCCAUAUGAAAUAAUCGUGGAUAUCGUAACACGUGUACCGAGAUGCUAUUAUCCAACUAUCUCCCUCGUUUCCAAGAGUUUCCAAUCAAUCAUUGCGUCGCAUGAGCUAUACACGAGUCGAUCCUUGUUAGGCCGCACCGAACACUAUCUCUAUGCUGUCCUCUAUAACUACAACACCUAUGAUUAUCGUUUGUGUAUUCUCCGCCGGAAAGUCAACAACAAUAACCACUUGGUCAUUAUCCGGUCGCUUCCUUGUAUGCCUUGCAGCGUAAGCUAUGUCCCAUUGGGUUCAAAGAUAUAUGCAGUGGAUUCAUCGAGUUCUUUAAGCAUCGACUGUAGAUCUCACAAGGUGCAGCCCAACUCUCGCAUUCCUAAGCACAUGUAUGAGAAGGUCCCUGGCAACAUCAACGGGAAGAUUUAUGUAACUGAAAAUUGGCAGGUGAGUUGGGAUAGGUGGGGGAAGAGAGUCAUGGUGUUGGAUACAGAAACUCAAAUGACAAGAAAGCCAAACAUGGAGCAAGAUCAAUUGUGGUAUGAUGCUGUUGUGAUGGAGGAUAAGAUUUACAUGAGAGGUUCUAAGAAUAGCUUUGUAUAUGUGCCAAAGGAAAGUAAAUGGGAAUCGGACGGGAUGCUGAAUUCUAAAGAUUGGGAAAAUGCGUGUGCCGUUGGCGAUUUAUUGUACUAUUACGAUGUUUACAAGAACAAGUUAAGAGUUUAUGAUCCAAAGCAGAGGUGUUGGAGAGUGGUGAACGGUUUGGAAAAAUCGUUGCCUAGGCCAAAUACAUUGUUGGCGAACAUGGUUAGUUAUGAUGGGAAACUGGCUAUGUUCUUUCAUAAAAAUGUCGGAAAAGGAUUAAUAUCGAUUUGGUGUGCGGAGAUUGCUUUGGAAAGACGCCAAAGAGGAGAGAUAUGGGGUAAAGUGUUAUGGUAUGAUGCUGUGACUGAUGAUGGGAGUUUUGUCAUGGUGAAGUGUUUAGGUGUUACGAUGUGA